AUGGCUUUGAACGAUUAUGAGGUGGCUUUAAAGAAUUAUAACGUGGCUUUGAAGGCUUAUGAGGUGGCUUUGGAAGAUUAUGAGGUGGCUUUGGAGGAUUAUGAGGUGUCUUUGGAAGAUUGCGAGGGGGCUUUAGAAUAUUAUGAGGUGCCUUGGAGAAUUAUGAGGUGGCUUCUUAGAAAAACGAAAUGCACUUAUGCUGUUUACGUCGGUAUCAUUAUUUGCUAA